AUGUUAUCUUCUGCUUCCUCUUCCCGACUAUCUACAACAUCCACCACCAAAGCCUCCUCAUCAUUGCGAUCUCACAAUAAUAGCAACAACAACAAAAAACAACCCUUCUCCAAUGUUUUUACCUUCUUUGAUCAUUCGAGACUUGAUGGAUGGCAAAAGAAGAGCAAAGUCUAUUAUCAUCCUCAAGUAUCACCCCUUCUCCUUCCACCGGGUGUAACUCCGUAUGGAUCAUCAUCCACGAAUGGAAACUCAACAGGAGGAUCAUCAAGUGGUAAGAACAAGACCUCUUCGGAUACUUCUUCUGGCAGAAUUGGUUCUCUCAAUAAUAAUAAUUUAAUUUUGAACUCACCUCUCCUUCAAAAUACACCACUUGCCAAUCUCUAUACAAGUACAACAGCUUUGGACUCCCAACGAUUGGAUAAAACCAACAUUACAAGUGUGGCAGCCAGCAAGAAUAUUCUCUUCUUUUCAGAUGAUCACGGAAAUAUCCAUACUAUUGAUACUCACAAAAAAGAGCAUACUUGUGUGGUGAGUGUCUUCUCAAAAGCGGUCUUCUCCAUACGGGUGGUCACACCAAAGAGUGGAUCUGAAUAUAAGGGUGGAUCCAGUGGAAAGCAAUCUAGCACUUCUGGUCAACACGAAGAACAAAAAGUGAAAAGCAACUAUCUAAUUGCCAUUGGAAACCUCACCAUACAAGAGGAUGUUAAAAUUAAAGUGUUUGAAUGGAAGGGAGCAUUCAAAAUUUCAGAUCUAUUAACAAUUCCAAAAGCUGAAAUUACUCUUCCAAGAUACGACAAAGAGGACAAACUAAUUACCUCCAUUGAUCAAUUUGAAGUCACAACUGAUUUGAAAUAUCUUGCAAUUCCGAGAGGAAAAUAUGUUUACUUGUACAAUGAUGUUGGAAAGAGGAACACAACAACAAAUCAAUCUGGAGUUGUAUCAGCAUCAAAAACGUCGAACCAAACAGGAUUCUUUAGUUUUGCAUCUUCGAGUGACAAACGAGCACCAAGCAUUCAAGCUCUUCCAUCGAACAGCCAAAUUAAUUCCCUUGGUUUCCUUUCAAAUCAGGAUAAACAAGGAAAUUGGGUACUUUAUGCUACCGACAAGAACGAUGUCUAUAGAUGGGACUUGGCUCGAUCCUUAGGAUCAGGUUUUGUAAAAAUACCCUUCUCAUCCUCGUCACUUGUGUCCGCAACAGGAAGUAAUACCUCAAACGCCUCUCAAGACACGACCUCAAACGGAGCAAACUUUGUUGGCAAUUUAGAUCCAAUAGAAUUUGGUUGUGCGUGUGUCUCUAGCCCAUUUUAUGCUUCUUCAUUUUUGGAACAUCAAGAGGCCAAAUACAAUUCACAAAGAUCCUUACAAAAUCAAAACCUUCUCUAUGAUACAACGAUCGGAAAAUAUCACUCGGCAUUUAUUGUGUUGAAAGGUGACGAGAUUCAUGCUUUCAAAUACAAUCACAAUCCAAAUAUCCUUGUUCCAUCGAGCAGUAGUUCUGGUGACAAUGCAUCGGGAGUCAACGAUAAGCUUGUAAAACUUCCUCCAUCUCAUACCACACAUCACAACCACAACAUUGUUCGUAGAAAAUUAUUCUGGUAUCAAAAUUAUUUGGGUAUGGUUCGAGUUGAAAAUCACUCAUCAUUACCAAUUUAUGGCAGUGGUGUCACUAAUAAGAAGGGAAAUGUCAUUCUCAAUAUGUAUGAUGUGAACAACGCUUACAUUACGUAUGAUUUCCGAACUCAAAAUCUUCAUAUGGCAAACAAUGUUCCACAAAAUGGUGUUGCUAAUCAACAAGGAAAUAAUUCAUUAUCAUCAAUUGAAAAGAAUAGAAAAUAUCAAUUCAUUGACGUGGUUCCAGUUUAUCAACAAGGUGUAGAUACUGGCACUAUUUUCCUCAUUGUAAAGAGAGAAGGUCCAAUGGGUAAAGAGAGUGGAAGCGAAAAUUACAUUUACCAACUCAAAGAGAAGCCUCCUCAAAGCAAAUUAGAAUUACUCAUUAAGAAGUAUCAGUAUCGUUAUGCAAUUGAACUUGCAAAAACAAUUCAACAACUUGACUAUGACGCCUUCAACUCUGAAACCCGUCGUAAAUAUGGUGACUAUUUGUUUUCUCAAGGAAGAUAUCAACAAUCUGUUCGUCAAUAUAUGCAAACAAUUCCUUUGGUAGAACCGUCGUAUGUGAUUAGAAAAUUCCUGGACUCACAAAAGAAUGCCUAUCUCAUUCAAUACUUGUUAAAACUCCAUAUUGAGAGAAAGAACAAUAGAGAUCACACAACACUAUUAUUGAAUUGCUUUAUGAGAUUGGAUGACUUGAGUGAAGAACAAAUACAACUCAUGACCAAUCCAUCAGGUCUCAACAUGUCCAACAUAUCCAAAGACAAAGACAUAGUAGGUAUGGACAUGUUAAUGGAUGGUGAUGAUGGCCAAGAAGACGCAGAAAUAGCAGAAGAAGAGGCAGAAUCUCAAUUAAUGACUCGAUUUAUGGAACUUGUUGAGAUGCGAGAUAAAUCAAAAAUAUUUGAAGAAUUUAUUCAUCCAAGAAAUAGCAAACUAUUGAACUAUGAUGUAGAAACAGCCAUUAAAGUUCUUAGGGAGAAUGGAUUCAGGGAUGAAGCACUCAAACUUGCAGAAAGUAAUGCUCCUUUACUUGCCAAUAAUCCAGAAAAGCAGAAAAUACUCAAUGACUGGAUUAUUAGAAUAUACAUUGAAGAUUUUGCAAAAUGGAAUGAAAAUCCAAAAUUGCUCGAAUACAAACUGAAUUACAAGAAGGCCCUUCGGCAUAUUGAAUCUCUCAACUUGGAGCAAGCAAAAGAGUUUAUGCGUAAAUAUGGAAGAAAAUUAGUAGCUAACAUACCAGAGAGGGCAACCAACUUUUUGAUCAGAAUGUGUACCAACUAUAGACCAAUUCCAUCUAAAAAACAAGUCACAGGAGCUAUUCCUCAAAUAUUUGAAGUAGCUGACAAUAUGGACGAUAAGAGAAGAAUUUUCUUGACACAAUCAGCAUGUGAAGAACUUCAUAUCACGGAUCCUGAUUUGUUGAAUAUUUCAGUGAGCUCCUCCUCCACUCAAUUCGACCAAUCACCAGAGGAUUACAUUUUCUGUUACUCUGCCGAUAAGGAUCAUACACAAAAUCAAUACUGGCUGAUGGUUUUAUUGGAGGUUGUGACAAGUUAUCACAAGGAUGUUCAUUUCAAUAUGGACAAGGUGGUAUACAAUAGCUUACUGGAGCUUUAUCUUUACUUCUGGUCCAAAGACAAUGCUGGAAAUAACAGAAAUAGUGCCGAUGUAGAUCACACUCUCGAAGAAGGUUUCAACAUUUCGAAUGGCCAAUAUUAUGAAUAUAAGGGAUUGCUUGAUUCAAACCCUAACACUCCAACUCCAACCUCACCUGCAGGUGCCACUCCAUCUGUUGACACUUCGAGCAGUUUAUUACUUCCAAAAAUUGAUGAUGGUAAUGAUUAUUACAAAAUUUAUCCUGUUCACUCCUCCGAUAUUACCACACCAUAUAGACUCAAGAUUAUGGAUAUUUUGUCCCAGAGAUCUCAUGGUGAUGAUAGCAAGCCAAAAUAUGAUCGUGAACAUGCACUUGUCCUUGUUCAAUCUGCAAAAUUCAGAGAAGGAAUUUUAUAUCUUUACCAAGUGCUUGGUCUUCACUAUGACAUUAUUCAGUAUCAUAUGGACAAGGAUGGAGUUGAUCCAGAUAGAAAAUUCCAAGAUAUUCUCUCUCGAUGUAGAGAGAAAGAAUGUAAAGAUGAUAGAAAUGUUUGGAUACAAGCCCUUUCAUUUUAUGCCAAAGGUCUUGGAAGUGAAGAACCAAAUUCUGAGAAAUAUCUUACUUCUCUUUUAGAAGAAAUCAAGGACAAUGAUGUCAUACCACCUCUUAUGGUUGUAGACAUUUUAUGUCAAGACAGCAAGAUCAAACUCUCGACCAUUAAGCAAUAUCUUCAAAGUAAGCUAAAAUCUGAACAAGAAAAUAUCAAAGAUCAAACAUCCACAAUUCGAGAGUUACAAAAAGAAACUCAAAAAUUGAGUUAUGAAGUUGAGGAGUUGAGAACAAGUGCCAAAAUUUUCCAACUCACUCAAUGUUCCCUUUGCAACUCUCAAUUGGAUUUACCUGCAGUUCACUUUAUGUGUAUGCAUAGCUAUCACCAACGUUGUCUUGAGAAGGAUGAAUGUCCAAAAUGCGCCGAAAAGAACAAGUCUUAUUUGAAUGAAAUGGAAGUUUUGAAACGAGCCAAGGAAGCUGGUGGACGAUAUGGAGCUUCAGGUGGAACUCUCAGCAAACAAGAACAACGUGACAAUUUCUUCAAACGUCUCGCAACCAAUGGCUUUAGUGUCGUUGCUCGAGAAUUCGGUAUGGGAACAAUCAAUAGUAGUUUGACCAGUAUUGGAGGAGAGUUAAAUCCUUACGACGAUUUUGAUGACAAGUUGUAA